AUGCCGUUUCUGAGGAAGAUAGCAGGAACUGCGCAUACACACUCCCGGUCUGACUCGAACUCAUCGAUAAAAUUUGGUCAUCAGCCGACUAAUUCCGUUGGAUCAACUAAAAGUUCAAGCAAGAGUCCCCGAGCAACAUCUCGAAAAAGUAUUUACGAUGAUAUUAGAAAUCAAUUCCCUAACCUCACUCCCAGUACCACUUCCCAUUUUUGCGAAACCACACCAGCGACUGAGAAAUCCUUUAAUUGGACCAUGGAUGACUAUAUCUCAGCAACAACCCUUGAAACUCCGACGAGCGGUCCAAGCACUGUAUGUAAAGGUGAGAAUGGACCUGGUUGCUUCUCCGAUUCGAGGAAAUCCUCCGGCAGUAAUAGUGUAAACAGUUUAUCGUUUGAUAAGUUGAUCUUAUCGUGGGAUCCUACAGACCCUGAUGAAUGGACAAUGCAUCGCGUCACCUCAUGGUUCAAAUUUCAUGAUUUCCCAGAAUCCUGGACAGUGUUUUUCAAAAAACAUCAGCUGUUUGGCCACAGAUUCAUAAAGCUGCUUGCGUAUGAUAAUUUCGCUGUUUAUGAAAAGUAUUUACCGCAGACAAAGACAGCUUCAUACACCAGAUUUCAACAGUUAUUGAAAAAAACAAUGACCAAGAAUGUAACCAAUAGUCAUAUACGUCAGAAAAGCGCGAGUAAAAUGAAAGGUUCCAGGUCUUCCAGUGAAUCAAUCAAAUCAAAACUCAAAAAUAGUAAAUCACAAGAAGAUAUUUCGAAUUCAAGGUCAACUUCAGAGUCCGCAUUGAGCCCAACAAGAUCGGGUCCCCCCAAGACAGAUGAAAGAGCCUUUUUACAUUCUACUCAAACGCACCAGAAGACGAAAAGCGCAAGUUCUCUAUACAGAAGAAGCUUCAUAUCCUUGAGGGGUUCAUCAUCAAGCAGUGUUCCCUCAGUGAAAUCUCCUUCAAAUAUCAAAUUAAGCAUACCAGCUCGGCCAAACUCAAUUAUUGAACCUAACAGUACACUCAACGGGUCAACUAGCCCACCUGCAUCCCCUUCAUACCCUAGCAUUUUUAGAAGACAUCAUAAAAGUAGUUCAUCUGAAUCCUCAUUAUUAAAUUCUCUUUUUGGUACCGGAAUAGGUGAGGAACCUUCAAACAAGCCUAACUCACAAGCUCAUAGUCUAUCUAGUGAAAAUUUAGCCAAAGGAAAACCUAAACACUACGAAACUAAUGUAUCUUCGCCUCUUAAACAGUCUUCACUGCAUACUUCUGAUGAUAAAGGUACUUUAUGGAACAAGUUCAAACGAAAAAGCCAAAUGGGAGUCCCUAGUCCAAACACAGCUGCUUCUGCGGCACCUCAAGCAACCCCAUCAUUAAAGUCAAACUCGAGCACUGCCACUUUAACCAUGCAAACGAAUGAUUUAGCUGUACCGUCACCAUCCUCGUCAGCACCGCCUAUUCCUAAAUAUGUGAGAGGAAAUUUAGAAGUUGUCAGCACAGAAGGAACAUCUGAGGUUUCUUCAACAACGGCAUCUUCUAAGGAAACAUAUUCUAAUUAUAAUAAGUCAGAUGAGGUUGUUUCAGUACCAGAAAAAAAACAAACAUAUAGUUUAAAGAGCUUUUUAUUAGAACAAAAGUUUUAUCCCAUGAAAAAGACAACUUUUACGGGCAGUGAGAAUAAAUAUAUUCUAGUUACAAAGGAUAAUGUCCACUUUGUUCCGGUUAACUUGAAAUACUUGACAAGUUUAUCCAGUUUCAAAGAAACUGUUCUCUCAAAAGUAGGAAUCAAUCAUAAAAAUGUCACAUUUCAUAUGACAGAUUUUGAUUGCGACAUUGGAGCAGCCAUUCCUGAUGAUACUUUAAAAUAUCUAAAGAAAAGUUUGUUCUUGAACACUUCUGAAAAAAUCUUUAUCAAAGAUCAAACAAAAACUCAGCAGAAAUCGAAACCUACCACCGUCCCUUCAGAAAACAAUGUCCCUUUGAAGUCAGUGAAAAGCAAAAGUUCCAUGAGAUCUGGAACAAGCAGUUUAAUCGCAUCGACUGAUGAUGUUUCCAUUGUUACUUCUUCAUCUGAUAUAACAUCGUUUGAUGAACAUGCGUCGGGCAGCGGACGCAGGUACCCACAAACCCCCAGUUAUUACUACGAUAGGGUUCCCAAUAGUAACACUAAUGAAGAAUUAAAUUACUGGAAUAUAAAAGAGGUUCUUUCCUACGAGGAAAAUGCACCGAAAAUGGUGUUUAGAACAAGUCCUAAACUGGAACUUAGCUUACCAGAUAAGACAAAUAAGCUGAACAUUCCAACGCCUAUAACAGAAAACGAAAGCAAAAGUAGUUUUCAAGUAUUGAGGAAAGACGAGGGGACCGAAAUCGACUUCAACCACCGGAGAGAGUCGCCUUAUACAAAACCGGAAUUGGCGCCGAAAAGGGAAGCUCCCAAGCCUCCUACAAAUACUUCUCCUCAAAGGACAUUGUCUACCUCUAAACAGAAUAAUCCGAUGCGCCUAAUGAGGGCAAGUACAAAGAUUUCGAGAAGCAAAAGAUCUAAACCACUACCACCUCAACUAUUAUCUUCUCCCGUAGAGGCCAGUAGCUCAUCUCCUGAUUCACUUACCUCCUCAUAUACCCCAGCUUCAACGCACGUUUUAAUUCCCCAACCUUACAAGGGUGCAAAUGAUGCUAUGCGUAGACUGAAAACAGAGCAAGACUCCACUAGCGCGACUUCGUCCCUGAAAAUGAAACAAAAAGUGAAUCGCUCCAAUUCGACUGUAUCGACUUCAAACUCAAUCUUUUAUUCUCCCUCACCAUUAUUAAAAAGAGGAAACUCGAAAAGGGUUGUCUCUUCGACAUCCGCAGCCGACAUAUUCGAGGAAAAUGAUAUAACAUUCGAAGAUGCGCCACCACUGUCAGACGAUGAUGACAGUGAUAACAGUAGCUCUACUUCAUCUGAUGAUAUUAUCUGGUCCAGAAAAAAAACAAAUACCGAGCCAAAUAGUGAAAGCAAAAAGGAUAAUGAUAAUGAUAACGAUUCAACACAUUCUGAUGAAAUAUUCUAUGAUUCCGAAGUGCGGGACAAAGUAGAAAGAAAAAUGACUUUUAGACCAUCCCCAGAAGUUGUCUAUCAAAAUUUGGAAAAAUUUUUUCCCAGGGCUAAUUUGGAUAAGCCAAUAACUGAAGGAAUUGCUUCUCCAACAUCUCCAAAAUCUUUAGAGAGCUUACUUUCGACAAGAAACAUGAUCUCACCGAAGACUGAACCAGGCACGCCUUCCCGUCCAGUCCCUCCAGAUAUCCUCGACAGCUCAUACGAGCUAAUUCAAGAUGGUAUUGGCAAUAAGAAUAAGUUGUUAAAUCAAACUAAAACGCCUAAAAGAACUAAAACAAUAAGAACCAUUGCUCAUGAAGCUAGUCUGGCGAGAAAAAAUUCGGUCAAGCUGAAAAGGCAAAACACUAAAAUGUGGGGAACAAGAACGAUCGAAGUGACCGAAAACCAUAUGGUGUCAAUCAAUAAAGCCAAAAAUUCAAAGGGCGAAUAUAAAGAGUUUGCCUGGAUGAAGGGUGAAAUGAUAGGAAAGGGAUCCUUCGGUGCCGUCUAUUUAUGUUUGAACGUUACUACAGGUGAAAUGAUGGCCGUUAAACAAGUUGAAGUUCCAAAGUAUAGCUCCCAAAAUGAAGCUAUUUUAGGCACUGUGGAAGCAUUAAGAUCCGAAGUCUCCACUUUAAAAGAUUUGGAUCAUUUAAAUAUUGUUCAAUAUUUAGGUUUUGAGAAUAAAAACAACAUUUACAGUUUGUUUUUAGAGUAUGUUGCUGGUGGCUCCGUAGGCUCGUUGAUUAGGAUGUAUGGAAGAUUCGAUGAGUCAUUAAUCAGGCAUUUGACAACACAGGUAUUGAAAGGUUUGGCAUAUUUGCACUCGAAAGGUAUUCUCCAUAGAGACAUGAAGGCGGACAACUUGCUUUUAGAUCAAGAUGGUAUCUGUAAAAUUAGCGACUUUGGAAUUUCGAGAAAAUCGAAGGAUAUAUACUCUAAUUCAGACAUGACCAUGCGGGGAACGGUGUUCUGGAUGGCUCCCGAAAUGGUCGAUACGAAGCAAGGCUACAGUGCGAAAGUUGAUAUAUGGUCUUUAGGAUGCAUAGUUCUCGAAAUGUUUGCUGGUAAACGUCCAUGGUCCAACCUAGAAGUUGUUGCUGCUAUGUUCAAAAUCGGGAAGUCAAAAUCCGCACCCCCAAUUCCUGAAGAUACUUUACCUCUAAUAUCACAAGUUGGUCGAAGCUUUCUGGAUGCCUGUUUUGAGAUUAAUCCAGAGGAAAGGCCGACAGCUACUGAACUUCUCUCUCACCAAUUCAGUCAAGUAGAUACAACAUUUGACUUCAAAUCUACCAGGCUAGCAAAAUUUAUAAAGUCAAAUGACAGGUUAAAUUCCUCAAAAUUGAGGAUAACAUCUCAAGAAAAUAAAACUGCAUAA